AUGGGAAACUACAUCUCCUCCACGCUUGCCAACCCACCAGGAAGACAGUCAAGAUGUGCAAAGGUGAUCCUACCAAGUGCGAAAUCCGGCAACUUGACAGCCAUGUCAAGGCGGCGGAACUCAUGUUUCGAGAUACCCAAUUACUUCUUGGUGAAUUCCCGAUCACUGCAAAUAGGACGGAGGUUCUCUACGCUUAGUGUCAAUGAAGAUUUAGAAAUGGGUAACGUCUAUAUCAUGUUUCCAAUGAAGAGAGUCAAUUCUGUUAUCAAAGCAGUAGACAUGGGAGCCUUGUUUAUAAGUGUGAACAGGGCUGCCAACUGGGCUUCGAGUGCUGGGGCAGUGCACAUCGAAAGUUCAGGUAAUAACAUUGUUGAUCGUGACCACUUGACGUCGACGUCAACGUCGCCUCGAGGCCAUAUAAGUUACAAUGGCAAUCAAGAAUAA